ACAGGGUUUGUAUUAUUUGCGGGGCAAAUGUCAUGAUUGAGAUAACUGGCCUUGCUGACAUAAAGUCAUCAUUGAACUUACACACCACUCCCACCCAUUCUCUCUCCUUUCUAUAUAACCUCACACCCACACGGCCCCUCCUAUCACUCCAAAACCUAAACUCCCCUUGCUUUUCUUACCAUCUCCUUCAAUUCUCUCUCACUCUCUUUUUUCUCUCACCAAAACCUUUCACCCAAUAUCCUCAAACUACUACUUCUGAUAAAUUGCUAAUUUUUAUAAAGCUAGCUAGAGAUGAUGGUUCAAAAGGAAGAUUUGGGUUUGAGUUUAAGCCUCAACUUCCCUCAUCACAAUACCCCAAAUCCUCAACAUCCGAGUCUCAUGUCAUCCUCUACUCAUUCCUCUUCUCCUUCUGGUUGCAACCCUCAAAAACCCUCUUGGAACGAGGCUUUCACUUCUUCGGAUCGAAACUCCGACACAUGCAGAGGCGAAACGCGAUCGUUCCUGCGCGGAAUCGACGUGAACCGGUUACCUUCCGCCGUGGACACCGAGGAGGAAACGGGAGUUUCGUCUCCGAACAGCACCGUCUCUAGCGUGAGUGGAAAACGUAGCGAGAGAGAAGAACCGAACGGCGAAGAACACGACAUGGACAGAGCCUGUUCCCGCGGAAUCAGCGACGAGGAAGACGCUGAAACCGCAAGGAAAAAACUUAGACUCUCCAAAGACCAAUCCGCUAUACUCGAAGAAAGCUUCAAAGAACACAACACCCUCAACCCCAAGCAAAAAUUGGCACUGGCGAAACAGCUAGGACUUCGACCUAGACAAGUGGAGGUGUGGUUCCAGAACAGAAGAGCAAGGACUAAGCUGAAGCAAACCGAGGUGGACUGCGAAGUAUUGAAAAGGUGCUGCGAGAAUCUGACGGAGGAAAAUAGAAGGUUGCAGAAGGAGGUUCAGGAGCUUAGAGCACUGAAACUUUCCCCACAGUUUUACAUGCAAAUGACCCCACCCACGACGCUCACCAUGUGCCCCUCUUGCGAGCGUGUGGCUGUUCCGUCCUCCGCCGUCGAUGCUGCCACGCGUCAUCAUCCCAUGGCCCAGGCCCAGGCCCAGGCCCAGAUUCGGCACAGGCCCAUUGGCCCGUGGGCUUCCGCCUCUCCCAUUACGCACCGGCCGUUUGAUGUCUUCCACCACUGAUCUUGAGGGUGUUUUGGUCAUUGUGAAAUUAUUAUUAUUUACUAUUCUGGGCCUACUUGUACCACCGUGUAGGUGUGUAACCCCAAAAGGAGAGAAAAAUUGGGGGAAACAGAAAGAGUGAGGGAGCGGUCGAAACAGCGUGCUGUGGAAUUGUGCGGUCUAAGGAUAUGGUCAUUAGAAGAAGGGAUUUGGUGGGUCUCCAAUGUUUUGUACCAGUUUGACCUAUCAUCUUUUGUUUUGUUGGGUAUGACCUAUAUAUUAGUUACUAGUUAGGUGUUUUUUUUUAUUCAGUUUAUAGUAUUACUUAACUUUUCCCCCUCUAAACAGAGACUUUGUGUAAAGUGCAAUUAUCUAGUUAAAUUAUAUAGGGUUUGGUUCCCGUGGCCUAUUUCACUUAAUUGAGAUCAUUAUUUAUUA